GAAUGCAGUAACUGGAAGACUCAUAUGGCAACAGAAUCUUACAAGGCUCACUGGGUUGCCUCCAACAGGAAGAUAUGUUAAUGUGACAGUGUCAAGAGCAACACCAGUUGUGGCUGAUGAUCUUUUACUUGUAGGGAUUUAUGGACCUGCUGUUGUGAUUGCUGUGAGAAGGUUAAAUGGAGCACUUGUUUGGUCUACACUGCUUGAUCCAAGAUCUCUGGCUUUUAUCACUCAAUCAGGAACAGUUCACUUGGGUCGAUAUUAUGUGGGAGUAUCAUCACUGGAGGAACUACUACCAGCUACAGAAUGUUGCACAUUUAGAGGCAGCCUAGUAAAACUAAAUGUUAGAACUGGUGCAAUUAUAUGGCAAACAUAUACACUCCCCGACAAUGGCGGGCGCCUCGGAGGAUAUUCCGGUGCAGCAAUAUGGGGAAGUAGCCCAGCUAUUGACAUAGUCAGAGGAUUUGUCUAUGUAGGAACUGGAAAUCUUUACUUAGCUCCACCAGAAGUGCUGAAAUGCCAAGCAGCACAAAACAAUCUAACGAUGCCACCAGCUAUUCCUGAUCAGUGUUUUGGUGAAGAUGUUCAUUUUGAUUCAAUUCUUGCACUGGAUUUGGAUUCUGGAGAAAUUGCUUGGGCCACACAGCUUGGAGGUUACGACGUUUUCUAUUUCACAUGUUUGGUUCCUAACAAUCCAGAUUGUCCGCCGGGGCCUAACUUGGAUGCUGAUUUCGGAGAGGCGCCUAUGUUGCUAACCAUAUUUUCAAAUGGAAGAUUUCGCGAUGUUGUGGUGGCUGUGCAGAAAAGUGGCUUUGCUUGGGCGCUUGAUCGCAACACUGGACAUAUUGUUUGGGUUAAGAAAGCAGGACCGGGGAGCUUGGAGGGAGGAGGAAUAUGGGGUGCAGCCACAGAUGGACGGCGAGUUUACACUAACAUAGUCAAUGGAAACAGAGUUCCUUUCACCCUGGCACCUUCAACUCAAACAACAACAGCUGGUGGAUGGGUGGCAAUGGAUGCAAACACAGGACAAAUCCUAUGGACCACUGCAAACCCUAGCAACGACACGUCCCCUGGGCCGGUCACCAUAGUUAAUGGAGUCCUCUUUGCAGGAUCAGUGGCACCUAAUGGACCUUUCUAUGCUAUGGAUGCCAGUAAUGGAAAAAUCUUGUGGUCAUUUAACACUGGUGCUACUAUCUAUGGGGGUGCAUCAAUAAGCUAUGGCUGUGUCUUUGUUGGUCAUGGAUAUUCAGUUGGUCUAGCUAAGUUCCAUCCAACUUGGACCAGUGGGACUUCACUCUUUGCCUUUUGCAUUGGGUGAAAUCAAUAUAUAUUUAUAAAUUUAUGUAUUUUCUCUUUCUGAAAAUAGUUGUGAUACUAAUAAGUUUCCCUACCUAAUGAUCAUGUUUCAAGUUAUACUAGUUGGAACAAAAGCAACAACUUAAAGA